CGCUCUCCUAGCUCCCUCUCGUUCUCCCGCAUGGUGGAUAUCCUGCUCACUGCCUCUUUCUUGGAUGAUAUGGGGGAUCAUUCCAAAACAAAAUCGCCUGAAAAGCUGCAUCUCAAAUUAAGAAUCUCUAGAUAAAUGUCACAAUUUAUGUGUUCUGGCUAAAGUGAGUAAUGCAGCACUUGGAGCUAUUUUUUUUCCUUCUUUUAUACAUGAAUCAUUGAAAUCAUUUGGUUGACUUCUGUAUAAGUGAGGAGAGUGAGAUGAUGCUGUGUGGAUUGAGAAAAACAAAACAAAACAAAACAAAAAAACUCCUUCGCGGUGCAUGUGUUGCAUUCAUAUAUUCACAUCUGUGCAGAGAAACCAGGAAUUGCAAUGUGCGUGGGCUGCGGGAGUCAGAUACACGACCAGUACAUCAUGAGGGUGUCCCCGGACCUGGAGUGGCACGCAGCCUGCCUCAAGUGUGCAGAGUGCAGCCAGUAUUUGGACGAGAGCUGCACUUGCUUUGUCCGGGACGGAAAGACUUAUUGUAAAAGAGAUUAUGUAAGGUUAUUCGGCAUAAAAUGUGCUCAAUGCAACACGGGCUUCUGCAGCAGCGACCUGGUGAUGAGAGCUCGAGAAAGUGUGUAUCACAUGGAGUGCUUCCGAUGCUCGGUGUGCAGUCGACACCUCCUGCCCGGGGACGAGUUCUCGGUGCGGGACGACGAGCUGCUGUGUCGGGCCGAUCAUGCCCUGCUGCUGGAUAGGACCGCCGCCGAUAGCCCGCUAAGCCCCGGGAACAUUCACACCAGACCCCUGCACAUCACCGACCCAGUCUCCGUUCGGCACCCACCACAUCACCGGAACCACAUCCACAAGCAGUCCGAGAAGACCACCCGGAUCCGGACGGUGCUGAACGAGAAGCAGCUCCACACGUUGCGGACGUGCUACAACGCCAACCCGAGGCCCGACGCCCUGAUGAAGGAGCAGCUGGUGGAGAUGACCGGCCUGAGCCCCAGGGUGAUCCGGGUCUGGUUCCAGAACAAACGCUGCAAAGACAAGAAGAGGUCCAUUCUGAUGAAGCAGCUGCAGCAGCAGCAGCAACACUGCGACAAAACGAACCUGCAGGGCCUCACAGGAACGCCCCUGGUGGCGGGCAGUCCCAUCCGCCACGACAGCACCGUGCAGGGGAACUCCGUGGAGGUGCAAACCUACCAGCCACCGUGGAAGAGCCUCAGCGACUUCGCCCUGCAAAGUGACCUGGACCAGCCCGCAUUCCAACAACUGAUGUCAUUUUCCGAGUCGGGCUCGUUGGGGAACUCUUCGGCCAGUGACGUCACCUCGCUGUCGUCUCAGCUUCCGGACACGCCGAACAGCAUGGUACCGAGUCCGGUGGACACGUGAGGAGCAGCUCGGUCACGGGACGCAGAGUCCUUCCUCCAGAACUGAACAACCACAGGAUGCUACUGCUGCUGCUGAUGGAUUUACUCGAGUGGAUACUCAAAAACUCGUUU